CGCGCGGUGACGCCACCGCCGGAAGCGCCCGGUGCCAUCGCUGCCGCAGCCCCGCGGCCGCUCCGUGCCGGUGCCGGCCAUGAGCAAGCGCAAAGCUCCCCAGGAGAGCCCCAAUGAAGGCAUCACCGACUUCCUCACCGAGCUGGCCAACUACGAGCGCAACGUGAACCGGGCCAUCCACAAGUACAACGCGUACAGGAAAGCGGCCUCGGUCAUUUCUCGGUAUCCCAGCAAGAUACAGAGCGGGGCUGAAGCUAAGAAGCUGGAUGGAGUGGGUGCUAAAAUAGCUGAAAAGAUAGAUGAGUUCUUAUCCACCGGAAAGCUACGUAAAUUGGAAAAGAUUCGGCAAGAUGAUACAAGCGCUUCUAUCAAUUUCCUGACACGAGUCACUGGCAUUGGUCCUGCUGCUGCCAGGAAGUUUGUCGAGGAAGGAAUUAAGACUUUGGAAGAUCUAAGAAAAAUUGAGCACAAGCUGACCCAUCACCAGCGAAUUGGGUUGAAAUACUUUGAAGAUUUUGAGAAAAGAAUCCCGAGGGAAGAAAUGCUGCAAAUGCAGGAAAUUGUGCUCGAAGAGAUAAAGAAACUGGACCCAAACUAUAUUGCUACAGUCUGUGGCAGUUUUAGGCGAGGUGCAGAGUCAAGUGGUGACAUGGAUGUUCUCCUAACCCAUCCCAGUUUCACAUCAGAAUCAUCCAAACAGUCAAAACUUUUGCAUCAGGUUGUAGAACAGCUGGAAAAAGUCCACUUUAUCACAGAUAUGCUGUCUAAAGGUGACACCAAAUUCAUGGGUGUCUGUCAGCUGCCAGAUAAAGAGGAUGGAACAGCUUAUCCACACCGCAGAAUUGAUAUCAGGCUUAUCCCAAAAGAUCAGUAUUACUGUGGUGUGCUGUAUUUCACAGGCAGUGAUAUAUUCAAUAAGAACAUGAGAGCUCAUGCUCUGGAAAUGGGCUUCACAAUCAAUGAAUACACAAUACGCCGCCUGGGUGUUACUGGAGUUGCUGGAGAGGCUCUGCCAGUGGAAUGUGAAAAAGACAUUUUUGACUACAUCCAGUGGAAGUACCGAGAGCCAAAGGAUCGGAGUGAAUAACAAACCGCUUGUCUGGCUUUAUAGCCAACAGAGAUAUUUUCAUAGCUUCUUACAAAGAUGUGAAAGUGCAUAGUCUCACUUUGAAUGUUACUUGAAAAACUCUGCAUUACUGAUGUCUAAAGCAAGUCCAUGGCAGUUGAACAGAACAGAAUGUGUCUUGAAGAUAAAUCCUGUGAGAUUUCAUUUUUAUAUAGUCACAGAAUAAUUUGGGUUGGUAGGGACCCCUAAAUGUCAUGUAGUCCAGUCCCCCUGCCAUGAGCAGGGCCAUCUUUGACUGGAGAAGAUUGCUCAGAGCCCAGUCUAAUGUUUCCAGGGAUGGGACAUCCAGCAUCUCUCUCUGUAUCUUAUAUAUAAAUGUAGAUACCAGAAUGAAAAAAGCUCAGGCUAUAUCAUGAAUUACUCCUGCAAAGUACCAUUUUCAACUGCUCUCUGCAUCUCCUCACACCUGUGUUAAGUGUCUUGGUGCAGUGCUGAAGCUCAUGAUGAGUUGCUCCUUCUCAAAUCUUUCAGUAUGGGCUGUGUGCUGAAGUGGCCAUUCUCCUUUUGCGUGUGAAUUUUGUUACUAGGUAUGUUUUAGGAUCAUUGAUUGCAGUGCUCCGUGUUUCAUUUGGCUUGGCCUGAUUAAUUGCUGCAUUGCUACCACUCCUGUAGAUUCAAUCCGCCCUUUUUUAUAUGCAAACCUGUCAAAUCUUAUUUUACACCUCCCCUUUCAACGUUGGGAAAGGCAAUGAGUAUUUUGGAUGCGAGACAAGGUCUCUUCAGUAAGGCAUUACUGGUUGUAUUUGGGACAGGGAUUCUGUUGUUCAACUUAAAAAUUUUCAAAGUAGUAACUACUUCCAUGAAUUACACAGCAUGAGCAUGGAAUGUAUUGCUGCUGCUGUAUUUGAAUACUGUGUCUUAUUUUCAUCUCACUCAAGCCUGCAGAACAAUUCCAUUUUCAACUUAUACAAGGAGAGUUGAUCAAUCUUAGUAAUGGACAUUACAGGCCUGAUGCUCUUACUUACCCAUUUAUUUCCUUUCAUUUUUCUUGUUAGGAGUUUUCAUUAUUUUCUGGGCAUGUUCCCCAGUGCUAAUGCAUGUAGUAGUAUGUAAGAAAACUAGAAGUUAACUUGGUGCUAUGUAAAGUCUUUUGAUGCCUCAUUGGAAAAAUAUAUACAUAGCUGAUAUAUUUAGUAUUUUCUUCAGUCAUCAAUAGGAAUAAACAAAUUGAAUAGUCCAUCA